CACACUCCUUUCGAGAGUAUACUGUUACGUACACAGGCUUGGAGAGAGAAAAUAACAGAGAAUCCACGCACAAACUGAGAGAGAGAGAGAGCUGGCCUUUAAUGGCCACAGCGCACAGGCAGCAAGGAAAAUUGCAAAUACUUACUAAAAGAUCGUAUUUAGAUCUGCUUUCUAUUUCUUGUAAUUCAAUCGCCGGGUUGUUUUUUAUUCAGUAUCACGAUCGGUGGGGGUGAAAUUGGUUGAGCUUGACUCCGCAUUGAUCCACUGAUAAAAUGCUCGUCCGCUUGAAUUUUACUCAUCACUUUAGCUUUUCAGUAGCUUGAAAACCCGAAUUGAGCACCUGGCGUCGGUGGUUCAUCGAUCGACGUAAGCUUUUUUUCCGGCGGUGGUCGCCGGAGCUCCGUUGACAUUCCGGGAAGAGCUCCGGCGGUUUCGGAAGGAAAGGAUCUGAGAGUAAUGUGGAAUUGAAGGGCGAAGUUGUGAAAAUGUUCAAGUCGGCGCGGUGGAGGAGCGAGAAAAACAAGGUCAAAGUUGUGUUCAAGCUGCAAUUUCAUGCAGCUAAGGUGCCAAAAGUUGGAGAUGAUUCAUUAUUGGUAUCUAUUGUUCCUGCUGAUGCCGGAAAACCAACCUUAAAAUCAGACAAGGCCUUACUUCGAGAAGGGAGUUGUUUCUGGGAGAAUCCAGUUUACGAGUCCGUAAAAUUCAACCGAGACCCGAAAUCAGGGAAAAUACUUGAGAGGAUAUACUAUUUUGUUGUGGGGACGGGGUCGUCUAAAUCUGGAGUCAUAGGAGAAGCUUCGAUCGAUUUCUCGAAUUAUGCCGAAUCAAACAAGGUCUCGAUGGUGUCUCUUCCUCUCAAGUGUUCAAAACCUGAAGCUGUACUAAACGUGUCUAUUCAGAGGAUGAUGGAGUCUGUCGAUCACAGAGAGGACGAAGACAAUGAGAGCGUAAAAUCGGACUAUAAAGAUAACAGCUUGAAGGCACAGAUGGAAAAUGGUGAUCUUGACGAACCCAUGAGGAGCAACUCUGACAUUGUGCCGUUUAAUAAAACCGUUUCCAACAAUGCGGUGCCGAACAGGCCCCGCCGAGAGUCCAGCGGAUCAGACAUCACGAUGUCGAGCUCAGAAAGCGACAACGUGAAUCAUGAGUGGCUUAGAAACACGGCCCUUGAGGCCGCAAGCACGGACAACGAUUCCUUGAGUACCCCAAGAGAAAAAGCCUUUUCAGGACAGCAGCAAAUGUCGUCCGAUGAGCCCUCGGGUGUUGUGGUCGAAAAGCUGAAAUCAGAAGUGGCAGCUUUAUCUAGACAAGCCUCAAUGUCUGAUCUAGAGCUACAGACCCUCCGUAAGCAGAUUGUAAAGGAAAGCAAAAGGGGGCAGGACCUUUUUAAAGAGGUAGUUUGCUUGAAACAGGAAAGGGAUGCUCUGAGGGGAGAAUGCGAAAGGAUCAAAAUUGCGAAAAAUAGAACUGACUCUGGAGGUGGGGACUCUUGGAAAAUUGUGGAAGAACUCAGACAAGAACUGAACCACGCGAAGGAAAUCAAUUCAAAUCUCCAAAUUCAGCUCCAAAAAACGCAAGAAUCGAAUUCGGAACUAAUUCUCGCAGUGCGCGAUCUGGACGAGAUGCUGGAGCAGAAAAACAAGGAAAUACUGAGACUCGAGAGUGGGGCCGGCAAAGAAGUGGUGCCCGCAUGUCAACAAGAUAAUGAUGACGAGGACGAUGAUGAAGAACAGAAAGCUCUGGAGGAGCUCGUGAAGGAGCACGGCAGUGUCAAGGAGGCACAUCUUCUGGAACAACAGAUACUUGAGAUGCGAGAUGAGUUGGAGACUUUCAAGAGGGACAAAGACGAACUGGAAAUGCAAAUGGAGCAGCUCGCGCUUGAUUAUGAGAUAAUGAGGCAGGAGAAUCACGAGAUGGCGUACAGGCUGGAGCAGAGUGAGAUCCAGGAGCAGCUGAAAAUGCAGUACGAGUGCUCGUCUUCUUACAAUGCUGUCCAAGAGCUCGAGGCCCAGGUAGAAAAUCUUGAGAACGAACUGAAAAUACAGACGAAAGAGUCGGAAAAUGCGCAGAGAAAAAUAAGUGAACUCGAAGCUCAUGCGAAAAGUUUAGAGGAGGAGCUCGAGAAGCGGUUGCUCGGUUUUGAAGUUGAUCUAGACGAGCUCAUGCGCUCGAAAGUCGAGCAAGAGCAAAGAGCGAUUAGAGCCGAGGAGACAUUGAGGAAGACAAAGUUGCAGAAUGCAAAUACAGCUGAAAGGCUUCAGGAGGAGUUCAAAAGGCUUUAUGUUGAGAUGGUGUCCACAUUUGAAACAAAUGAGAGAGUAGCCGCUAAAGCUAUGGCAGAAGCAAACGAGCACCGUUUGCAAAAAAUCCAUUUGGAAGAAAGUAUUAAGGAAGCUUAUGAAGAUCAUAAAUUAAAUGAAGAGCGUUAUGAGGCUAAAUUGGAUGAACUUUCUGGACAAGUGGGAUUGAUGACGAACCAAAUCAUGCAGUUGCAGUCUGAAAUUGAAGACAAAUCUUUGCAGCUGGAAAAUCAGAAAAGGCUUGAAAAUGAGUUCGAAAAGUGUACUGCAAAGAUUAAAGUUUUGUCGGAGGAGAUAGAGAAUAAGGGGACUCUGAUGCGUGAGUUGGAACAAAAGAGUGUAUCCGUUAAGGAAAUGGAAAUUCUUUUGAAACAAGGUAAUGAUGAAAUGAUUGGGCUUGAGAAAAAAUUUCUGUUGGCAAAGAGUGAUGCUGAACAGCUGCAGAAGGAACUAAAUAAAAUGAAAUGUAUUGCCGAAGAAAAAGAAUUAAUAGUCGAGAAACUACAGGAGGAGCUCGUCUCUUUUCAAUUACAGGUUACAGAAUUAAAGCAUACUGUAUCUGAGGAUGCACAGAUGAAAGAAAUAUUGAGGAAACAGUUGGUUCUAUUGAAAGGCGAUAUCAAGAAAAGGGAUGAUGCCCUGAAUGUCAUGGAGAAGAAGAUUUGUGGACGCUCCACAGAGGUUGCGAAUCUUAAGGAGAGACUUGAGUUUCUUGAGAAUCAGGUCAGGCUAAAGGAAAAUGCUUUGGAAGCUUCCAAUAAUGCAUUUCUAGAGAAGGAAAAGGAACUUAGUAAUGAAAUUGGAGAGUUAGAAGGAAGACUUGAAGUGCUCAACCAAACCAGUAUUGAUUGCUCUGAAGAAGAAAUCGUGGAGGUAGCUGCCGUUGAAGAGGACGACGACCCAAAUUUCAGAUCAAAUGAAGAAGCAAUCAGUUUUGAUGACAAUAUUGCAACCAAUCAGAAAACGUGUACAAUAUUAUCCUUUUGCGGGUAUGGAUCUAGUGAUAUUAUAAGCCCGAAAAUUAGCCAUGGCAAGAAUAAGGUGCUCCUUCUAACCUUACACGCAAUUUACAACUGCAGUGAAAAUGUUUUUUUUCGGCCGGUAAAAUAUUGCGCGGACAGCAAUGGUGAUCUUGACGAGGCUAAAGAUGAAAUGGCUAUACUGAAGGAGAGGAACAAAUUGAUGGAGGCAGAGCUGAAGGAGAUGCAAGAGAGAUAUUCGGAGAUAAGUGUUAAGUUUGCGGAGGUCGAGGGCGAAAGGCAACAGCUUGUGAUGAGAGUUCGUAACUUGAAGAAUGCGAAGAAGAAACUGUAAAAAAUAUGAAAACUUGUUCGACACAGUAAAUAAUAUGCAAAUUAGCUUUGUCCCAUGGGGGUCACUUCAGGCUGAAAUAUUUUGACGAGUGUUUUCAAGUUUUCAAUAUUUUUUUUUUUUCAUUUUUUAUUUCAUUUUCUUUAAAGUUAAUUGCAAAAUAUGUCUUUGGGAAAAAAAUGUGGAUGGUUUUUUUCAUCUCAAUGAAUGUGUAUUUCACUAGUUUGACCCUAUAUUUUUUAACUUAAAAAAUUGGCCAUGCAAAUUAUGUAUAGAACUGUUUGUAUUAGGAAUAUAUAAGUGAU